AUGACUAUUUCAGCACAAAUAGAAAUCGAUGCCUCGCCAGAGGAAGUACGGCAUGUUUUCUUCGAUUUCGAGCACUGGCCUGAAAUCAAGAGCGACAUGAUCAAAGCGAUCGCUCGGUUGCCUUCUCACCCAGAUGGUCCGAUUGAAGUUAAUGAGCAGCUGGCGGUGAAUUUUGGAGGAAUUACGAGUAAUGCGACUGUACUUGCAAACACACUUACCGAGUUCCGCUGGCGUGGCGAUAUCUUCUACGUGCUCUCAGGAGAGCACACAUUCCGCUUCGAGCCCAGCACUCCCCAUCCCGGAAAGACGCUCUUCAUCAGCAGCGAGAUCCCAAUGAGGUUGCUGAAGCUGCUGGCUGGACCCAUUGGAAUGCAGAAGAUGGGCGAGGGAUUCUGUGAGGAUUUUAAGAAGAGGGUUGAGAGUGUUGUGAAGGAGAGGAAGGAUGGGAGAACUAGUUAG